AGUUUGCAAGUUUGGAACGCACCGAAAAACCCACUGGUUCCUCCUUUCGGUUGUUUACGAAGUCGUCGCUGCCGGUGGUUGUCCUUUGGCACUCGUCCGAAGUUCGUGCGGUCUUUGUAUACCUUGUCAACUGCAAGAAUGGCAUCCAAGCCGAUUCUGUACUCUUUUCACCUCAGUUCCUGUGCCUGGCGGGUCAGAAUAGUCCUUGCGCUGAAGAACGUCGACUACGAAUACAAGACCGUCAAAUUGAUGACACCUGCCGGUGGGGAUCAGUACACAGAGGAAUUCAAGAAGCACAACCCAAUGUCCCAAGUUCCUGUUCUUGAGGUGGACGGCAAGAACAUCAGCCAGUCGGUUGCUAUCAUGGAGUACUUGGAAGAAACCUAUCCCCAACCCAGACUUUUGCCCGCAGACCCUUACCUAAGAGCCAAGACGAGGGAAAUCACGGAGCUUCUUGUUUCCGGGGUGCAACCGCUGCAGAGCCUAGGCCUCAUCCCUAAGCUCGGGAAGGAGGAGUGGCAAAACUGGGCCAAGUUUUACAUCACGAAGGGCUUCACAGCGCUGGAAGCCAUCGUGACUGAGACUGCUGGGAAAUACUGCGUUGGCGACGAGAUCACCCUCGCAGACGCAUGUCUGCUCCCCCAGAUGAGCAACGCUCAGCGCUGGGGCAUCGACGUCAGCCCUUUCCCGAUCCUGGUUCGGAUCUGCGCUGCCCUCGAAGCUCACCCGCUCGUCAAAAAGGCACAUCCGUCUUGCCAACCGGAUGCACAAGCAGAUGCUUGAAAGUAUACAGCGGUGCCUUAAUAAAGCAAUAAAAAGAUGCGCUGUUCAAACCUAG